AUGCUAAUCCAGAGGCAUUUAUUGCCUCGAUUUCUCUGCAAAAGCUCCCUUGUUCCGAGCGGAUCAAACAUAACGGCGUUGAGUUUUUCGAAGGAGGCUCCGCAGGAAGAAAAUCAGAAACCACGUCGAAGCAUCAUGACGAACCCGUUGAAGGAUAAACUGCAGGUAUCGAAAAAAAUUUAAAUUAAAAAAAUUUUCAAUUUUUUUAAUUUAAAAAAAUUAUAUUGAUAGGCGGCUUAGAACUUGAAAUUAUUACAAUAAAGAUUGAAUAGCUAAUUUUAAACUUUUCUACUUUCCAAGCAGUUAGAAUUGUUGCUUCCCAGCCUUUCUUUCUUGAAGUUUAUUUGCCUUUGUUCUUUUCGAAAUCUUCCAGGUCACCAAAAUUAUCGUCAAACUAGAAAGGCCGUAAAAAAAGGAGAAAUACUUUUUUUUAACUAUUAGCAACUUUUUGAAUUUUAUUGUUUCAAUUUUUGAAUUCGAUAGUUGCUGAUAAACUGCAGCCAUUUAACGUUAUUCGAAAGUUUCAUCAUUUUUUUUUUCUUUUUCGAGAAAGCGCAAGGAGAAGCGAACGUCUUGGAGAAAAAGAAGCGCUCGGUGUUCGCAAGGAGCACGGUGCCGGUCAAUAUCAAUAUUCCCAAUCCCAAGGUUGAUCUUCGACCUUUUCCCUCAUUUCUCAAGGUUUUAAGGGCAUUCCUGGCUAUGAUCCAACCUAUUCGGCCAAGGAACUUCUCGAGGAAUUGCCGAGAACCAUAAAAAAGCAAUCCAAAUUGGUGGCGAAGGAAGUCGCGCAGAUGGCAAAGUCUGCCUCCCUCGAAAAACCAGAGUUUCUCGAAGACAUCGGUCUUUUGCGGCACAAUGAGGCUCGCGUCGAGUUCCGAUUUGACACAGAAGAAGUCAUUUUUUAAUCCAUAAAAUUUUGAGGAGAAAACGCGGCUUAUAAAUUUUUUUGCUAUACAAUAAAUUUUCCGAGAAUCGUAAAAAUAUUAUGAGAUUCAUUUUGUUAAUUUUUUCGGCAGAGAUCAAAAAAAUCUCGUGAGUUUUGUGAAAAUUCUUUAAAAAAAGUUUUUUUCUAAUUUCUGAAGCUUUUUAUUUUGAGCGAUAAAUGUAAAUAUCCGUUGUAAAUUGAGCUUACAGUUUCCGAGCCGAAAAUUUAAACACUUUCGGUCUUGCUAGAACUUCGAUUUCUUCAGAACAGGUCUCUGUGGCAUUCCGGCUGCGACAGCGACUGGAAGGAGGGCUUCUCGACGUGUUCCUUUCGUGGCACCGACUGUGGAACUGCCGAGUUCAGGUAUUUAAUUUUUUUUUACUUCUGAUGAUUUUUUUUGGUACCUGAGUAAGUACAGAACUUAAUCCAGCAAGAGAUGUGACUUACGAAAACUUAAAAAUUGAAGGAAUAAAAUAAUUUGAACCUCAAACAGGUGGUGCCAUGAAUUAAAUCAGAUCUUAACUUCAGGAGUUAGUACUGACUUUUAUUUGAAGAUAAGGCUCAAAGGAGAGGUUCAAACGUCUCUAAAGUUUUCUUUUCUCAAACUAGAAGUGCUUCUGACCUUCAAAAAUAUUUUGCCCAUGUAUGCUCGGUAUUUUCAGUGGCCAUAUUUCAACGCAAGUCGUCAAAGACGGUCGUGUUGAAAGGGCCGGAUGGGCCUCUCUGAAACUUGAGGAUCGGCGGUCUUUUAAUAGGAAAAAGUUCCUUUCUCGCUGGCGAAACUUUUCUCAUCUUUUGUUGAAGGUUAGUGGGGACUGUUCAUUCUCUUCUCAUUCAUCUUUUCAAAAUUUUAAACUUUUGGUUCCUCUGUGUCGAGGCUUUCCAAUUUUUUUUUUUCAUUCUCUAAUUUUUUUCUUCCAACAAAAAAAUCUGAGCGAAUUUUCGGGAAGAUUCACGAACAUGCUCUAAAUCCAGUGAAAGUCCGCGUCUGAAUGUUGAUUUCUGGUUUUUUUAAACGAAAUUAAGACGAAAAAUCUUUUUUUGAUGAAUUUUUAAAAAUUUUACUCCAGUCUUUUCAUUCGAAUUCCAUUGUUUCUGAUAUCAUAAGAAGUCUGGCACAUAAGAAUGCGUUUAAGGAAGAAAAAUUACCAAAUUCAAAACUAUUUUCAAGGUACGCGGGGACGGAAGGAGUUACAAGGUGAUGCUUCACUCGCCGCUGUCGAUGGACUUUACUUGGGGCGACUCUUUUUCCUACCCACUCCACACGCAUGGCGGUCCUUACUGGCAGUACGAGAAAAUUCCGUUUUCCAAGUUUUUCCACACGGUCGCUGGACGGAUACAGGAUCGACAGUACAAAGUCAAUCUCGAAGAUUGCAGGUACUGCUUCCAUCUAUUUUUCGGAUCAGUUUUCUCACUUUGCAGUUCAAUCGGAAUAGUUCUGAUGGACCGGAUAGACGGCGACUUUUGUCUUGAAAUCGAUUACAUUGGGGUCUACAACGACACGACACACACUGAAGAUUUCGCCUAUGAAACUUAUACUUUACCCUUGUUCAAUACUCAUGGAUUCUAA